GUAUAGGUACAGUGCGCUGGCGGAAUGCACGUUACUUAUUCGUAGCCAAGUUCGUGCCUACGUAUAACUGCUGCUAAAAUUCGUAAGGUGGGAAUAAUAUAUGCCGACGAGGCAACAGUAGCGGCAGCAGCAGAAGAAGAGGAGGAGGAAUAGAAGAAUGGAGUCGUGAGCGGUGAGAGAGCAGAGCGCGAGUAGCCCGAAAGAGACAGUGGAGAGCAGCUACAAUAAUUGAUAAGCCGAUGAGCAAGGAUUGAGGAACUCGCCCUCUUUCUCCUCCUCCGCGCGCAUCAGCAGAUUUAUCAUCGAAGAGGUGAUGUGUGCAGUGCAGUGCAGCCUACUCUACACGAGUGCAUCGUAGUCCUCUUUCUAGCAUUAUAGUCGUCUCCUUUCUCCCUCUCAGCUGUCUAUCUCUCUCGCUCGAGUCUCAGUUAUACACUCGAUUUCCCCUUUCGUACGCGACGAUAGCAGCUAUAGUUCCAAUUAACGAUUCCGCGCGCGGACAGCAACUCGCGAGGUCUACUGCUACUACUUACUGCUGCUCGUCACCGACUCGGCAAAUAGGGUUAUAAGCUGAUAGAUAUACCUGCGGAGUCCCGUGAGGUUCGGAGCAAACGGCAACGGCUGCUGAGACUUUGGAGCAAAGCAGCGAGAGAGAGAGAGAGAGAGAGAGAGCGCGAGCAAGCAGGUGUCCGUGACGUCAUGUCGAACAUGCCAACACUCAUUUCAUCGAAAUGCGGCUGUUUUGAUUCAUACUAGGCGCCGAGUAGUCGAGAGCUACAACAACAGUGUACAACUUGGACGACGAAGACUUCGUCCCGCCAGCGCCAUAACCAGUAAGCUGCUGCCACCACGACACGUUUUGCUGCUUGUGUGCGAGCCUCUGUUUAUGAUCAGACAGUACGGCUCUUCUAACAAACAUGUCCAAAAACAAACUGUACCCACACGUUAACAGCAGCAUCGUUGCUGUCAAGAGCAAGUUCGAUGCAGAUAUCAUUAGGUUUUCCAUAAGCCGCAAUGAGUCAACUAGCUAUGAUGGCUUCAGAAAACUGUUGGCUGAAAGACAUGACAUAGGGCCAGAAUUAAAAUUUGAUAUUUGGUACACUGAUCCGACCGAUGGAGAUCUGUUACCAAUCAACAAUGAUAAUAACUUGGCAAGAGCCCUAGUAGCUGCUAAACCUCUCUUGAGGAUUUUGAUACAGAGACAAGGGGAUGGAGUAGAAGACUUGAACGGAUGUAAUACAAUCAAACCCAAGAAUUUAAUAUCCAGUAUCUUGGGUGGAACUCCAGGAAAACCUAAGCCACUUGCUAUUUCCAAUCCACACGAUUUUAGACAGGUCUCGGCAAUAAUUGAUGUGGAUAUACUGCCUGAAACGUGCCGCCGCGUGAAACUUUUAAAACAUGGCUUAGAUAAACCUCUCGGUUUUUAUAUAAAGGAUGGAGAAAGUUACAGAGUAGGCCCUACAGGUGCUAUCGAAAAAGUUCCCGGCGUUUUCAUCAGUAGACUUGUACCAGGGGGUUUGGCUGAAGGUACUGGUUUAUUGGCAGUCAACGACGAGGUGCUAGAAGUCAAUGGCAUUGAAGUUGCUGGCAAAACUUUGGAUCAGGUUACAGAUAUGAUGAUUGCAAACUCAUCAAACUUAAUAAUAACUGUAAAACCUGCCAAUCAGAGAACAGCAUUGGCAGUACCACGACGAGGUUCCUUUUCGCGAAAUAGCCAGCUCUCGUCUAGCAGCCAACAAUCAAUGCAAAGCGCUGCUACUGGUAGCGAUGAGGACGCCGAUGAGAUCGUGGACUUGACAGGUGUCAAUUUGCACGACGAUGCAACUGGUUCGUCACACCAUCAAGGUCACCAUCAUCACAAUCGCUUCAGUCAUCACGAUCAGGGGGUUUUGCAUCUUUGAAAAUCUUGUUGAUUGUGUAUCAGGGCAGAUAUAUCAUUUGGGCCUAAUAUCAUUGACGUUCACAUUGUUAUUCUGGUCAGAAAAAAUACUCUUACGCGAAACACAAAUGCGACUGUUGGGCGAAUCAGCUUCUUGCUUCGAGCAAAGGCAAAAAUUCGUAAUUUGGGUGUACCACAAAGCUACAGUGCCUCGUUAAUUAGUCCACCAAUACGGAAGCUAGAUCAAAAACUAUUUUUCUACUAAAAAAUUGUUCUAGACAUACUUAAAUGGGCAAUAUUACUUAAAAUAUUUUUAUCAAAUAUUCAUAAGUAUUUCGCGUUUUGUAAUACACUGAUUGUAUUCAAGUCGGUGAUUACAGAGCUAUUGCUGAUUCACGGUGCAGAGGUACAUAUAUAUAUAUAUACAUAAAAGAAAAACUCGCCGAUUAUUGUACAUUUAAAAGAUGAUUUUUCUUUAAAAAGUAUAAAUAAUCAUGGGCGAACUGAAAGCGAAAUUUCACUCGUGAAUUUUAAGGCUUUUGCCAUUCGCGCUUAAUAAUGCAAAUUAAUGAUAUUCAAUGAUGCAUUAUAAAUAUAAGUUUAGCAAUAUCACGACUGUAAUUCAGGUAUUGUUAUACAACUAUCAGCGUUCGGCCCAAUUUGUAAAUGUAUAUUUCUAGUACUUAAUUAUUUUAUGGCAACUUUGAGCAUACUUAAGAAGUUUAUAUAUAUAUAUACAGUUGUCGGAUAGACAGUUUAUUUGUAAAAGUAGGAUUUCGAAAUCAAAUUUAGUAUUUAAUCUUUGUAGAAAUCACUUCUUAAGAAGCUUUUAUAGUGUUAAAUUAUUAUAACCUAAAUAGUUUAUUUAGAAUUCAAUAAUACUGCUCAAAUCAGUCAGAAUGUUGCAACCUCUGAGCUUCUUCAUUGCAUUUUUUGGUACACACUUACUCCUUUAAAUUUCUUUACACUGGCUGAUUAUAGUUUAUUUGCAUUUAAAAGUAAUCAUUUUUUGUUCAACUUUCGGAAACUGUACACAUCUUAGCAGGACUGAGCUAUUCAAUUACAAUUUUAAGUGAAAAAUAAGAAUAAUGAAGCAAUAAGUUUUUAUAGCAGGGAUGCCGUUUUUAUACUGGUACAUGUUCAGUUGUAUUAACCUUUACAAUUUACAUUUACACAUACCUAUAGAAGUACAUGCAUAGCACACUAAUGCACUGAUACACAUAUAAUUAUUGAAAUCAUAGAUAAACGUAUAUCGACGCCUAAUAAUUGUAUAUAAUUUAAAAGGACGUAUUUCUAUAAGUUAAUUAACAACAGAGGCCUUUAUCGAAUAUAUAUUUGUAAAUAAAUAGUAAUAAUACAAAUCGACUAGUUUGAUGCGAUUGAGAAAAUAAUAACUUUGAAAAGAAUGAGAAAUUUAUAGUUACGUUGAAGCAUCAAUUUGAUCGCCAAGUGGCCGAUAGAAUAAUCUUGUAUAAGUGAAACAUGUAAUUUAUAGGCCCCGUUGAAGUAGUUUUCGAACCACUCUUCCGGAAAUCACAAUCGUGCUUCUCAAUUAUGACGAUUUGAGUAUCGUGUACUUCUUAGCAUGUUGACGUUUUCGAAUUUUAAAACCAUUUUUUAACAGAUAUGUUACUUGUUGUCGAUAAGCAAUAGAUAUUGAAUUAAACAAAUAAAUUUUUUUAACUUUAUGCAGUGUUAUCUGCAGUUAUACAAGACGUAUUUAAAAUAUGUAUUAUUGUGUAAUUCAAAAGCUUUUUCUUUUGCUAUCCAUAUUAUGUACUUACUGCGCGAAGUGGAUACCAAAAGAUUUAUAGUAAACUUUUUUUUCAAAUAUUUUUAUAUUUACAUUAGAGAUGGUGAAUGAACUUAAGGAAUUCUCUUUUCACACAAAAAAUAGCCGGAAAUAAAAAUGCAUCCUCCUCCAAAACUAAGAUAACUACAAAGAGAGUAAAUAAAAAUCUGCAAUCAUUUACCAGAUUUACGACGAUGGGAUAAUUUUAACAUUCGUUCUAAUAAUUUAAAUCUUAAGUGCAUGCAUUUAAAAUUCAUAUAGAUUAUAUAUAAUUUUAAACUCUAUUGUCCCCACGAAUUCAUUUAAUUUAUGCGCAUAUACAUACAUAUAUUUAAUGAGAUUGGCUAAAAUAAAUUCUUGAAAAGUAUUAUAUUGUGAAAAAAGACUUGGCAAUUUUUGUAUUGACUUCGCGAUGGCAGCUGAUGAUGAGAAAUAAAGUAUUUUACUGUAAUUUUUA